ACGGCUACUUUGAGUUCAUCCCCCAAAAAGAACCCCAAAAUAUUAUCCAGUCGUCUUUUUCUCAUUUCGUCGAACUCAAGCCCAGCUCUCUCCCAGCGCAAAUUCGAUAAUCAAGAAACUGCUGCCUCCUCCUUCAACUCCAUCACUUCUCAUAUAUCCUCCCUCUGACAGCAGGUACCGUGUGAUAUUUUGAGUAAGGCGAGUGCAGUGAGGAAAAAGACUUACAAAGUGAUAUCACACAACAACAAAUUUAAUCGAAAGCAAUUGGAGAAUUAGAAGAUGGCUUCAGUGUCGGAGAAACGAAGGCUGCACCAGGCUCAGUCGACUAAUUUGGCUGGCACUCAAUCUCCCACAACUCAGCCUCAGCCUACUAGUGGGGCUCGUUUUGCACCCACUCAGCCUACUGGUGGGGCUCAUCCUGCACCCACUCAGUCUCAGCCUACCAGUGGUGCUCAGACUACCUCUAGGGGUCAUCUUCCCCCCACUCAAACUCCGUCCUCCAGUGGGACUGUUCCUCCACCACCCCCGCCUCCAAUGAGAGCGAGUUGUCGUCAUAGGGACAGUAGAGAGCAGCCUCUCCCUGGACAAGGGGUUAGAGGGGCUUGUAGAGGCAUAACGACCUCCAAUAUCGUGCAGACCAUUCAAGAGAAGAUUACGAUUGUUUUUCAUCCGGUGAGUUGCAAACCUACGAAUAAGGAGACAUCUAGCUUAUUAUCUCAUGAUCUUGGGGCGAUUAUUCGGAAAAAAUGCCCGAUGAAUUAUGCUUAUUGGGGUGACAUUCCUAAAGACAAGAGAAAUGAGCUUAUGGAUGAGAUCACUCUCAACUAUGACAUAGACUUGAAGAAUGUCGAUUGUGGUAAUUAUGUCAACAAAAUCAUGGCUAGACGGUUUAGAGACUUCAAGCAUGAGUUGCAUAAGCACUUCAAGUUUUUCCCAUCAGCUGAGGAGGCUUUAGCCAACCCACCAUUGGAGAUAGUCGAGAGAGAUGCCACACAUGAAUGGCUGGUUUUGUGUACCCAUUUUCAGUCACCAAAUUUUUUGAAAGCAUCAAGGGCCAAUGAAGUGAACCAGGCUAAAAAGAAGAUAGAGCAUCUAGUACCGCCAGCUGACGCACGUGUUGAGAGGGCAUCAGUUGCUGCUCAAUCUACUUUUGCAUCACAAUCAUCAUCCGCAUCUCCAUCGUGCAAUCCUCCACUUCCCGCAUCUCAAGAGCAACAAUCUGCUGCAACACCAAUAGAAGUUGCAGAAGCGACAAUACCACAUGUCUUCAAUUCAUCUCCCAUCACUACCAACUCAAAAUAUGAAGACAACACAUCAUCACAGUCGCCUCAACUUGAAAUCCCAAUUGGUUGGCCUCGCGAUGGCAAGCUCACCCUCAACUGGGUCCGAAACCUUAUGUCUGUCUUUGACUGGGCUUCUAGAAAUCUUGAGCCAAUCCAAUUGCCAGACGUGUUUCCUGUCGAGGUAUUUGAUAGCUUGGUCCUCUGUGCCUCUAAGAUCCUCCACAAAGAGGCCAAUUGCGUCACUGUUGAUGACUUGGGCCUUGAAUCCAGAGUCAUCAUUGUUGGAGACCUUCAUGGGCAGUUGCACGACCUUCUUUUCCUUCUCCAUGAUGCUGGCUUUCCCUCAGAAAAUCAAUUCUUUGUCUUCAAUGGCGAUUAUGUUGACAGAGGUGCUUGGGGUUUUGAAAGUUUCUUAAUUUUAUUAGCUUGGAAAGCGUUCAUGCCAAAAAGCGUGUAUCUUUUGCGAGGAAAUCACGAAUCAAAGUAUUGCACUUCUGUUUAUGGUUUUGAGAAUGAAGUGCUGACGAAGUAUAGUGAUGGAGGCAAGCAUGUGUAUCGGAAAUGUCUUGGGUGUUUUGAAGAUCUUCCUUUGGCUUCCAUCAUUGGUAAACAUGUGUACACUGCACACGGAGGUUUAUUUCGUCACAUGCCUGCGAUCCCCAAGAAAUCAAAGAGAAAGAAGAAUCGUAGGAUAGCUUUCAAUCCUGAACCCAAUUUAUUAUCUCUGGGCUCUAUGGAAGACUUAAAUAAGGCUCGCAGAUCGGUUCUUGAUCCUCCAUAUGAAGGUUCUAACUUGAUUCCUGGUGAUGUGAUGUGGUCGGAUCCUUCAAUGAGUCCUGGUCUUUCUCCAAAUACAGAGAGAGGCAUUGGCCUGCUUUGGGGUCCUGACUGCACUGAGAGUUUUCUGAAAACAUUUCAACUCAAGUUGAUUAUCAGAUCACAUGAAGGCCCUGAUGCACGGGAGAAGAGGCCAGGUCUUGGUGGAAUGGAUGAAGGGUACACCAUCGAUCAUAUUGUGGAGUCAGGGAAGCUCAUUACUUUAUUUAGUGCUCCAGACUACCCACAAUUUCAGGGGACAGAGGAGAGGUACAGAAAUAAAGGGGCUUACAUUAUCUUGGAACCCCCUAAUUUCGAUGAUCCUGUAUUUCGUAGUUUCGAAGCAAUUACUCCAAGACCAAAUGCGAAUGCCUUUUACAAUUUUGAAGAAGUGAUUGAUUCUGAUGAAGAGUUGGACUUGGCAUCAAUGGUGACCAGUCCGUGAAGGAUUCUGAGAAUGACCACAUCUACCACUCAGAGCUUUUCACUCUAACAAAGUGGAUGGCUAAAGGGGAACUUCAGAAGCUUUUGUUCACUGUGCCAAUAUUUGAGCCACAUCCACCUCGGUAUUAUAUUCAUGCUUUUUUCUGAUUCUUGGUUGCAUGCAGAGGCUUUCUACACCAUAUCUUUCCAGAAUCUAGCACUGCCAGAGGCUAGUACUUCACACACAGAACUGCUAGAUUUGAAGCCUCUCCCUGUGACUUCAAUUGGCAACAGUACUUAUGAAGUGUUGUACAAAUUUUCACACUUUAAUCCAAUACAAACACAGGAAUUGUGCAGACUUUCCAUGUCCUGUAUCGCACAUACAAUAAUGUUCUAUUAGGAGCUCCCAGUGGAAGUGGUAAAACUAUAUCUGCUGAGCUCGCUAUGCUUCGCCUAUUUAAUGCCAGCCUGAUAUGAAGGUCAUUUACAGGCUAUUUUUCGGGAAAGAAUGAAUGAUUGGAAAAGACGUCCUGUCUCUCAGAUGGGGAAAGAGAUGGUGAAUUUUCCCUCUAUAGCUAUAAAUAACAUCUUAACAUGUGGUACUGGUGAUAACUCAAUUGUUUAUCAGACACUCCACAUUUGAUGGCCAUUUUGUCAGUGGAUAUCAUAAUAUCUACUCCUGGCAUAGUCGAGCCUAUGUUAAAAAGUAGGUUGGGCUUAUGAUCUUGGAUGAGAUUCACUUGUUGGGAGCUGACCGGGGACCCAUCCUUGAGGCUAGUACUUCGCGCACAGAACUGCUAGAUUUGAAGCCUCUCCCUGUGACUUCACUUGGCAACAGUACUUAUGAAGUGUUGUACAAAUUUUCACACUUUAAUCCAAUACAAACACAGGAAUUGGGCAGACUUUCCAUGUCCUGUAUCGCACAGACAAUAAUGUUCUAUUAGGAGCUCCCGGUGGAAGUGGGAAAACUAUAUCUGCUGAGCUUGCUAUGCUUCGCCUAUUUACCACCCGCCUAGUGUGGCUCCUAGCGCCCUUUUCGUCACGUGUAAAAAAUAGUAUAGCCGCGCGGCUAUCAGAGUUGUUAUGGGAAAAUACUUUAUUUGUUUCUGCCAAAAUGUGAGCUUGCUACUAGUUGAAGGAGUUCGAACAAGAAAAUCUAUUUCGAGAAUUUAUUGGAAAGUCUAAUUAAGUCUUGGCUUUACACAAAUUUUUAGGCCAGUAUAAUUGGUUUCUUUCUUUUGAUCAUAGAAUUUGUGUCUUGUGUAGAGAUAGGCUGCUUUCCAAGUCCUUGUGUUUGUAGGUGUAUCAUUGGUUAGCAUACCCAUUACUUGUUUACUAACUCCUGAUAUGUGUGUUUACUUUUAACAUUUCAGAGUUGUGAAGAAGCAAGAAA